CUUCAGCCUUCCGCCAUUCUCUUUAAAUUCAUCAACUCUUUGACCAAAUUUCCCCGCUUCGCGCUCGGCUUGAUUCCUUUUCCAUCAACAAGCCAGCGCCAACUUCAAGAAUCGACCUUCUUUCCCAUCGAACAAGCCGGAUCCGAGUUCGACGCGACUGCCACCGCAAAAAUGAGCACCUCCAUGCGCGACCUGAUUGACGGGGAGGCCGAGCUUAAUGAUGAAGAAGAUGAUGAGUCAUUUGACGAGGAAGGCGGCGAGCCCCGGACGAGGCAACGGGAUAAUAUGCUAGAUGAUUCGAGCGAAGAGGACGAAGACGACGAGGAUGAGGAGGAAGCUAGAAGGAUCCGAGAAGGUUUUAUUGUCGACGAAGAUGAAGAAGAGGAGGCAGACAAUUCGGAAGAGCGCGAGCGCCGAAAGAAGAAGAAGCGUCGCCGCGUCGAGCGCGAGGAAGAGGAGCAGCUCGACGAGGAAGACCUUGACCUUAUUGGCGAAGCCAACCCAGAGUGGGAACGGAAAUCCCAGGCUCAGACAAAGUUCAAGCGUCUUAAACGCGGUCACCGCGAUGAGGAACGUGGCAACGAGCGCCCCGAUCUCGCAGGGAUAUUUUCCGACGAUGACGAAGAGAUGGCCGACGAGCGAGCCUACGGUCGCCCGAGCCACCGCGCGCACGUCGACGAGUUCGAUGACUUUAUCGAGGAUGACUAUCCAGAGGACGAUGAGGAACGAAUUCAACGCCAGGAGGACAUGGAAGUUGCUCGCCCGAGGGAAAAGGGCCUCGCCGUUGAUGCAACUGGUCUCGACAAGGACGCCCUCGACGACAUGGAGGCCAUUUUCGGUAAUGGCGACGACUACGGCUGGGCUCUAGACUUGGAGGAAGAUGAAGAUGACCGGGAGCGCGAGGAACAGACCAUCGAGCUGAAGGACGUGUUCGAACCUUCGCAGCUCAAGGAGAAGCUUCUUACCGACGAGGACAACCAGAUCCGGGUCGUUGACGAGCCUGAGCGGUUCCAGCUCGACCGCAAACCCUUCAAAGAACAACAGACAUCGGCCGAGUACUUCAAAGAGGAGGCACGUUGGAUUACGAACCUUAUGUGGCCCAAGAAGCAAUUACCUGGCGACCUUCAUGGGCCCUUUAACAAGGCCAUUGGAAAAGUCCUCGAGUUCUUCAUCAUCGACGGCGUCGAGGUUCCCUACGUCUUCCAACACCGAAGAGACUACCUUAUCCAUGCCAAGAAAGUCAGGAAUCAGGACAGCCGCGACCACCCAGAUGCUCCCGAGUAUACCGUCGAUGCCGAGAAACUGUUGACCCAAGACGAUCUGUGGCGCAUUUUGGAACUCGAUAUCAAAUUCCGGUCCCUGGUUGAGAAGAGGAACGCUCUCGAGCGGUCCGUUGACAACCUGAAGGAAGCGAAUGUCCAGGACGAUGUGCUCGAAGAGAUGAUCCACCAGGCUGCGACUCUGGAAGAGCUUCAAGACCUGCAAGAUUAUCUCAAUUUCCAGUACUCGGCCCAGCUCAAGGACAUUGCUGCCAUGGGUAACGGUGCCUCGAAGGAGACAAAACGACCAGGCGCCAAAACAGCUCUGUUCGAGCGUAUUCGGCGAUCACAGGCCUACAAAUUCGUCGGGGCGCUCGGGAUAUCGCCGGAUAGCUUGGCGCAAAACGCUCUCCGUGAAGGCAAAAAGGUGUCGUCAGACGACGAUGCUAGACUGCCCGUGGACCUUGCCGAUCAGUUAGCCGACGACGACUUCCCGACUGGUGAGCAAGUGAUCAACGCUGCCCGCCAGAUGUACGCCGAGGAACUCUUUGUCAGCCCUCGGAUGCGCAAGCAUUUCCGUAUCCAGUACUACCUAAUGGGCUCUGUGAGCUGCCGUCGGACAGAGAAGGGCCUUCGGAAAAUCGACGAGGCGCACCCUUACUAUGAGAUCAAGUACCUUGUCAACCACACCAUCAGGGACUUGGCCGUCCGGCCUGAGAUCUUCCUCAAAAUGAUGAAGGCGGAAGAUGAUGGACUUGUGGAGGUCAACCUCACGCUAGAGAACGACCGCGAGUUUCGGCGACAGCUCUACAACGAAUUCGCGUCGGAUAAUUUCAGCGACCUGGCCGAUGCGUGGAACUCGGAGCGGCAAAAGGUGCUGGAUAUUGCUUUCUUGAAACUCGAGAAAGUGAUCGCCAAGGGCGUGAAGGAUUCGCUUCGAACGGCCUGCCAAGAAGAGCUCCUUAAGACCUGUCGCGAAGAGUACUUCAAACGACUCGACCAGGCACCUCUCAAGCCGAAGGGGAUGGUCCUCGGCACCACACCGCGUGUGCUCACCCUGUCGAAUGGCAUGGGCGACCCCAACCGCGACCCCAUCUCGUGGACAUGGGUUGAAGAAGAUGGCAGAGUUCUCGAACACGGCAAGUUUGUCAACCUGGCGAGGGAUGAGAGCCAGAGAGAUCUUUUCGCCGAAUUGAUUCGGCGAAGAAACCCCGAUGUCGUGGGUGUAUCUGGGUUCUCGGCCGACACCCACCGAUUAAUUAAGGAUGUCGAGGGGGUUAUCAGCGAGAAAGGGCUUAUGGGCCCCGAAUAUGAUGACCCAGACACCAACGAGUACCGUAGCGACUUGCUCGAAGUCGUCAUCGUCAACGAUGAGGUGGCGCGGCUGUACAAGGACAGCCCCCGUGCCGUUUCCGAACACCCCACCCUGAACCCUCUCACCCGGUAUUGCAUCGCGCUGGCUCGAUACAUGCAGAACCCUAUGAAGGAAUACGCAGCAUUGGGCAAGGACAUCUCAUCGUUGCUGAUUCACCCAUACCAACAGUACCUCCCGCAAGAGAAGCUGUACAAGCACCUUGAGACGGCCAUGGUGGAUAUUGUCAACCUUUGCGGCGUGGAUAUCAACGAGGCUAUGGGAGAUCCCUACUCCGCCAACCUUUUGCCCUACGUUGCCGGUCUUGGGCCUCGCAAGGCACAGCUCCUCAUCAAGGGGAUCAAUGCGAACGGCGGCGUGGUUACUUCCCGUGAUGAACUGGUUGGUGACCCGGAGCGACAUAAGAUUCCGGUUCUCGGCCCUCGAGUGUGGAACAACUGCGCCAGUUUUCUGUACAUUGAGCAUGACAGCACCAACCCCGACUCGGACCCCCUUGACAACACACGUAUCCAUCCCGAGGAUUACGAUUUGGCCCGCAAGGUGGCUGCGGAUGCGCUGGGGCUGGACGAAGAGGACGUCAAGGCCGAGACGGACGAGAACGGGCCUGGCGCCAUCGUCCGCAAGCUGUUCAAGGACGACGAGCAGGAGAAGGUCAACGAACUCAUCCUAGAGGAGUACGCGGUGCAGCUGGAACGUGAAUACCAGCAGCGCAAGCGGGCUACGCUGGAAGCGAUCCGAGCCGAGCUGAUGGGUCCUUUCGAAGAACUUCGAAAGAACUUUACCGUGCCGGGUGUGGAUCAGAUCUUCACCAUGUUCACAGGCGAGACUAGAGACUCGCUCUGCGACGAGAUGAUCGUCCCGGUGAAUGUCCGUGUCGUCAAGGAUGACUUUGCCAUCGUCAAACUGGACUGCGGGAUUGAGGGCCGUGUUGAGUCCCACGAGGUCUCAUACCGCCACUCAAUUAAGGAUAUGUUGCAAGUCGGCCAGACCGCGCAGGCCAAGGUGAUCGAAGUCAACCGGGGGGACUUUGUCUGCAAACUUUCCAUGAGGGAAGAGGAACUACGGCGGCCAUACCGGAGACACUACGACUACGGCCGCGGGCAGUGGGACUUCAAACAGGAAGACGAAGACAGGGAGGAACUGAGGGAGAAAGACAAGACCACGGGCCGCACGCAAAGGGUCAUCAAGCACCCCCUAUUCAGACCGUUCAACAGCACACAAGCCGAGGAGUACCUGGGUGGCAUGCCGGCUGGGGAGGUGGUCAUCCGGCCGUCUUCCAAGGGCAACGAUCACCUCGCGAUAACGUGGAAGGUUGCCGACGGUGUUUACCAGCAUAUUGACGUGCUGGAACUGCAGAAGGACAACGAGUUCUCUGUUGGCAAGGUCCUCCGGGUUGGCAGCAAGUACACGUACACGGACUUGGACGAGUUGAUCGUGGACCACGUCAAGGCGAUGGCUAAGAAGGUGGAGGAGCUCAUGCAGCACGAGAAGUUCCAGAAGGGGUCUCGUGCCGAUCUCGAGAAAUGGCUGACCACCUACAUCGACGCCAACCCGAAUCGGUCCACGUAUGCAUUUUGCAUAGACACAAGGCACCCGGGGUACUUCUUCCUUUGCUUCAAGGCAUCCCGCAACUCGAAAGUGAUCGGGUGGAUGAUCCGAGUCAUCCCGCACGCGUACGAGUUGAUGAAGAGCCAGUAUCCGGACAUGCGGGCGCUAUGCAACGGCUUCAAGCUGCGGUACCAGAGCGAGAUGCUAAAGAUGCAGGCCGGCGGGGGAGCGAGGGGUCAUUAAUUGGGGUCGUGGAGCAUCAUUUCUUGGGAGUACUAUUUCCGGACGGGAGCGGGCCUGCCUCGGAUUAACCAGCGGUAAUCAAGGACAGGGCAUAAAUAACACUUUGUGGGAUAUCUGAGUCGGCAAGGAAGA